UUGCUCAAUCGAACUCAGGAUCUCUGAUGUCACACAGCAAGCAGACAUGGCUGACAAGGAUCCAUUCAGGCAGCUGAAAGACCUGUCUCUGCUUAAAGACCAGCUGGAUAACAUUCAGCGUCGGGUGGAGGAUGAAGUCGGAGUUGGGAUUCCACAGGGUGGAAGUAUGCUCAGUUCUCCUUUCCUCAAAGGCUUUUUGGCUGGGUAUGUGGUGGCAAAGCUCCGCUCCUCUGCAAUCCUGGGAGUUCUUGUAGGAACCUGCACAGGCAUCUAUGCUGCUCAGAGCUAUCAAGUGCCUAAUGUUGAGCAGUCCAUAAAAAAAUACUUCAGCUCAUUCAAGAUGAGAUAGAGGGAGUCAAAAUGAUACAAUCACAGAAAUGGUGCCUCGUCCAAAAACUUUAACAGGUACCUCAACUGAGGUGCCACUCAUCAGACCACAUAGAAUAACUGGAUGUAUUUACAUGAUACUUUGGUGUCUAAAGUAAUAGGUUAGCAGUUUUGUAUAGUUUUCUAUUUAAGAUGGGUUAGGUCUGUGCUAUUACAGUAGCUUAUAUUUUUGAAAGACUCUAUAGCUAAAUUCCUUAUGAUGGUAUAAAUGACCAAAGCUUCAUCAGUCCUUAAUUUGUUUAUCAGUUACAUAAAUAUAUAUUUUUUUAAAUAGAGGUUUGCACUAAAACAGGUGAACAGGCACAACACACUCUGUAAAUAGUGUCUGCCACUGAACAAUUCCUGUACCUGUCAAAUGUCAGAUAUUGCUGGACUUCAGUAGCUGUAGCCUUUUAUACAUUUGUUGGAUAAAUAAAUGUUGGACUGUACCACACUCAACUCUUCCACUUCUGCUUGUAUUAAAUAUGAAUGGAAGUCAGCAUUUUGGAAGUGAAAUAGAAAACAGGAAGCAGUCCAGUUAGAGGAUGAGAACUGAUUUUCAUGUUUGUUUUCAGAUGGAGAAUUGAAUUCAGUGGUGUGGUUUUAAAGUGUAAUCCGUAUUAUAAUGCAUACUUUUUCUGUGCAAAGAAUUAUUUCAAAAUAAAAUGUUUGAAUAAUAGGAAUUAUUAUCGUUUUCUUCAUGCGAGUAAAGUUUUUCUUUGGCAUGCC